ACACCGGUGGACCUGCCGCGUGCCCGAGCAGUGAGUCCGGUAAAGCUGCUGCCUGUCACCAUAGCGACGAGACCCCGGAAAUACACUGUAACCUGCCGGUGGUGAUCAGCUUACUGCAUGUUUAUCUGCCGCUUUGUUUAUCAAAGAGGAACGAACUCAUACCCGCCGAGUUUGUUUGUUUGUUUAUUGGUUCGCGGGUGGAGUCAAUAAACAUGUCGGAGCCUGAGGAGGAGCUGCAGGGAGAGCCGAGAGACAGCACGAAGAAGAAGAAGAAAGAAAAACGAAGCGGGAAGAAGAAGAAGAAGCAGGAGAAGCGAGAGGAAGAAGAGCAGCAGCAGGUGGAGGAGGAGGAGGAGGAGGAAGAGGAGCAGAGUGAGUGUGUUCUGCUGCGUGGGAUCUUCAAACUGGGGAAGAAGAGUCACGAUGUCCUGCUCACCCGAACCAGACUAACUUGGACCCCCAUCACUCCGGAGACCCCCACAGCUGAGGUGUGCGUGCUGCCGCCAGGUGUGCUGCUGCUGCAGGAUGUGUUUGCGGUGAAGGUGAAGCGGCGACGAGCGGUGGGCCAGGAGUCAGGGGGAGCUGUGCUCGGCGUGGCUCUGUUCUGCUCCAAGAGGAGAGGGAGGUGGCUGGAGGAGGACACACUGCACCUCCACAAUGCCUCGGCAGAACACACAAACACCUGGUACAACACCCUGAAGGAGCUGCUCACAGGGUUCAGCAUUCGUCCCAGGUAUCUAAAGGUGUUCAUCAACCCCCGCAGCCACAAGAAGGAGGCCGUUCACAUUUACAGAGAACAUGUGGCUCCGCUCUUCAAGAUGGCUGACAUCCGCACUGAGAUCACAGUGACAGAGAGGAAGGGUCAUGCUCUGUCAGUGAUGAAGGAAUGCAAGCUGGAUGAAUAUGAUGGGGUGGUGUGUGUCGGUGGGGAUGGUUCAGUGGCGGAGCUGUGUCAUGCUAUGGUCCUCAGAGCUCAGCUGGAUGCAGAUUCUCCAAAGAAACCAGUGAAAUCAGUGCUGCCCCUGGGAAUCAUUCCUGCUGGUUCUACAGAUGUGGUUUCCUGUUCUGUUCAUGGAGUCAGAGAUCCAGUCACUGCAGCCCUGCACAUUGUCCUUGGUCACCUGCAGCAGGUGGACAUGUGCAGCUACUCGUCUCACGGUCAGCUGAUUCGUUUCGGGUUCUCUGCCAUGUUUGGCUUUGGUGGCCAGAGCUUAGCCCGGGCGGAGAAGAAGAGGUGGAUGCCAUCAUCACGGCGACGAGAGUACGCCUUGAUGAAGACACUGGCCAGGCUGAGACCUGAAGACUGUCAGCUGUCUUUUCUACCAGCGAAGAAGUCAAACAGUAAUUUGUUUCAACAUCAAGACCAGGACCAAGACCCAGAGUCAGAAGGGGAGGAGUCCUGGACAACCAAUCAGGGCCUGUAUCUGAGCAUCAGCAUCAUGUCCAUUCCCUGUCUCAGUCCACACGCACCUAACGGACUGGCUCCCAACACCAGUUUGGCAAAUGGCAGCGCAGCAUUGAUUGCUGUUGGAAACACUUCCAGGUCAGAGUUCAUCAAACACCUGAAGAGAUACAGCAGCUCUAGUGGACAGUUCAGCUUCUCUUUUGUGGAGACGCACGCCGUAUCAGCCGUGAGGAUUCGCCCCCAGUCGCUGAUUGGCUGGUCCGAGGAGGAGAGCGAGGAAGAGGGUGACUCCAAAACCUCUCCCAUCAUCCAAUCAGAGGGAGCCGCUUUCCCCUGGAACAUCGACGGAGAGCUGGUGGAGAUCGCUAACGAAGUGCUCGUCAGGGUCCACCCGCAGCUCAUCACUCUGUACGGGGAGGAGGUGGACGAGGCUGAGUCGACCGUCUCCUGCAACUGCCUCUGAGUCCAGCGGAGGGCGCUGCUGCGUCUGUGUGUUGGGACCAAGACACGUUGCCAUAGUAACCACAAUGACUCAACAGUGCCCUCUCUAGGUCAUGAAAUAAUGUAGAUGUUUCAUAUUAAGUAGCAAAAACACGUAAAAGUAGCGGCCGAGCUUUGCAGCUUCCUGUUUAUGAUGUACGUUAAAGCUACAUGAAUUGAUAAAUGUUUUGGCCGUGUGAUUGAUUACUGCAGCUUUAAUAACCUAUAAGGUAGCUUGUAAGCUUCCUUUAACUCCAAACUACCUGUGCUUUAUGAUAUAAAUGUAUAACGAUAAAGAUGAAUGUUUUAUAUUCAGAUGAAUGUUUACAUUUUACUAUAUUUUAAUCGCCAGCUCUUCUCAGAUGACAUGAUUUGUGUUGCCUAUUUUUAUUACAAUUUUAAUUUAGUUUGAUCUUGUCCAGUCUGUGGCUGAGAGCAAAGAUUCAUCUGUAUUUAGUUUGCGAUUUCAAAGUAAAUACGUGAGAUUUAAAAAAGUAAAUUGAAUCCAACACUGUGAGGAAAAGGAGAACAAACGUAGUCAAGUUUCUUUUUUACUGAUGAUUGUUUGGAGAAGAGCAGCUUUCAACACAAGCAGAACCAAACUGGAUGAGCCCAAUGUGUCCAAAGACUGUAAAAGUUUUAUAUUUGAAUAUAACAGAGCUUUACUUAAUGGCUGUUUUUAUUUAGAAGCUCUUUCAGCUUUUUUAUUAAGCCAAUGCAGAUUUUUAGAGUGACGCUGUGAUCUCGAUGAGAAAAAAACAAGUGAAAGUUGUUAAAAUAGAAAAUACGUCAUUUUAAUGGAAACGUGUUGAUAAAAGCAGUGAGACACUCCAGUGCAGAACAACUUCACAUGAACAAAAACAAUAACAAACUAAUUUAAUAAAAUAUUAAAAACA